CUAAGACUUGCAAUCGGAGCCUUUCGAACAAGUCCUACAACGUGCAUAUUAGCAGAAGCCAAGGAAAUCCCUCUGAGACUCAAAAGAAUAGAAUUGUCCAUCAGGUUCAUGACAAAAACUUUAGCAGAAAAUCCCAACUUUAUCACUAACAACAACCAUCUCAACGUCGAAUAUCAAAAGCACCCCAACACCCCUAGGCCCCUCCGGAUCAGAAUACAAGACUACCUAACUGAAACAAACUUAACACUACCAAAAACUUUCAAAAGACAAUUGCAUCCUAUCGCCCCAUGGGAAACGAUAGAAAUAAUUUCGGACUAUAACCUUAACGAAAGAGACAAGAAAAUCACCACUGCGAAAACCUUCCAAGCACUCUUCCAAAAAACUAAAGAAAAGUACAGCAAUCAUUUAGAAUUCUACACAGAUGGAUCCAAAACCAAAAUAAGAACAGGAUACGCGGCCAUCAACGAAGACAAAGUAGAAGCCUCCAAGUUACCUGAUACCUACUCCAUUUCUUCCUGUGAAUUAUAUGCAAUUAUGAAAGCACUCCAAUUAGGAACAAAAGAAAUUAAAAACAUCGUAAUCUACACUGACUCUAAAUCCAGCAUCCAAGCGCUCGAAGACCAAUUUUCAACAAACCCCAUCUACAGUUCUAUUCACCAUCAUAGUUCAGUUACUAUCAUAGUCCAGUUACCAACAUGGACAAAUUUUAAGAAA